CUUUUCUUCAUAAAGAACACCCCUCAGUACACGGGUAUCUGUUGAAUUACAUCUGCGUCCAUGGCCAUCUACUGAGCUAAAUGGAAAUGCCAUCCCUGGAAUGUAUGUAAUAGUCCUCCACGCUAACCAGAACGUUGCUGUUUAGAUUCCCUGCGGCGCAAUAGCCCGAUACUGCAGGGUACGCUGCCCGAAACCGGUCCAGAAUUUCACGGCGCACGCGAUUAAUCCUGGGUCUGUCAAAUAAACGUUGAACGGAUCCCCGGUAAAUUUCUCCUUUGUCGGGGUACGGGCUCUCCAGCUUAGAGUCGGCUUUAGUUCCAGUUAGCUGUCCUUGAGUUGUGAUUCCCAGUCUGACGGGAGAGAGAGAAAAACUUUGAUCAGUUUUAAAUAGAGUGAACCUGGGUCCGGUGCUAAAUUAGAUUAAUGACUCUGGCUUGCCAGUUGUUCGCCAAGUCUAAUUCUGAGGGUGUGUGGGGCUAACCUGACUUUAAAAAAGGCGCACGCCACACACGUAACGUACUGCGUGCUCUGUCCUCGGUGGCUGUCCGGGACCCUCCCCGUGGAUUGGUCAGUGUGCUGUGGGUUGAAACUGUAACCCCGGUAACUGUUGCUAAGGGAGAGUUUUGAAGGGAAGCCUUAAAAAAUGGCGAGCGUGCUCACUCUCACGUCUCGAUGGGGUGCUUUUCUGCCACCAGGCCCUGUAUUUUACACCUGCUUUGAAAAAACCUGGUAAUAUACACCAUUUUGUUUCCAGUUCCCUGUAGCCGAUUGGGUGAUAAGAAGGUUAGCUGUAGUAGGCGGAUGAAUGACAUCAUGUAUCAUGUGACUCUUCAGCUUACUUGUCCUGGACUAGGAGUAUGUCACCUGACCCCUCUCCCUUAGUGUCUCUCUCAUGUCUGUGAGAUCUGUCUCCUUCCUGUCUGUAAGUGCUGUCUCUCUCUCUCCAAAGCCCUCCUCCUCCUCCUACUCCUCCUCCACCCAUCCUUGGUUCAGUACGCCCUCCCCCCCGCCCAGAAACCGCUCCUUGCCCUCCGCUGCCCCCCAGCGGGCACCCCUGCAGACCGUCACCAACGAGUGGAUCGCCCUCACCCUGGGCAUCUCCCCCUCCAGCACCCCCGCCCCCACCCCUCCCCCUUUCCCCGCCAGCCUCCUGUCCGAACUGGAGGCCCUCGACCCCCUGCUGUCCCCGACGCCGGUCGGGGCGGGGGGGCGGACCCAGACGCCGCGUAACCACACCCCCGUCGCCCUCAAAGAGGGCCACUUCAUUCCCAUCACGUCCCCCAAGGCACCCUACUCCCCCGACCCUAGCCCCUCCCCCCUGCAGUACCUGGCCUCGCCCUCCUUCUCCUCCUCCCCCGCCUCCCCCAUGUUCGGCGGCAGCGGCGACAUUUUCACGCACGACGCCAAGCCGGCCCCAGACAGGAAGGAAGUCGGCCUUGCCGAGGCGCAGGCUUCUCACGAGCCCAUCGAUCUAAUGGUGCGCGAGCCAAUCCAAGGGCCCUCCUUCAACAGCGAGCCCUUCUCCAAAGACCAGGAGGAGGAGCUCUGCGAAGAGCUCCUGUCCAUCAUCCAGGGCAGCCAGUCGCAGGGCGAGUUUUCGCGGGAGGAGGGGUUUUACAGACAAGCGCCAGACAUAACAGAGGAGCUGCCCUUGUUGUACAUUGAGGAGGACCCCAUUGAGAACAGUAGGCCGGACGCUCUGUUUAAAACCAUUUCACCUGUCCAGAGUGAAGGCACAAAAGCAGAGGUAGAGCCUGCUGUUUUGUCCGGUUGCCGUGUCGAUGUCUGUGCCAGACGUGUCUUUCUUGACUGACCACGUAACACAUUACGAAAGCGCGUUAUACUAACAGUGGUGUAUUUCCACAGUACAUUGUUCGGUGCGAUCGUUAAGACUAAUGGUGUGUUGUACGCACAUUGGAUUCAUGGAAUCUCCUUAACAGUCUGACAUUCUGUCAUGGUGGUUGCUGUGGUUAUUGAGAGUGUGUGUCUGUGCGUGUAUGAGUGCGUAUGCGUGCAUGUGUUUGUGUGUGUGUGUGCAUGUGCAUGGUUGUACAUGUGUGCGUGUGUGUGUGCACGUGUGUGUGUGUGCAUGUUUGUACAUGAGUGUGUGUGUGUGUUGUGUGAGACAGAAUGAGUGGUCUGUAACGCUGUUCAUUUCUCCAUUACCCUCACCAGGCCACGGUCGCCACGGGCGCCCAGUCACACCCUUCCUCCUCGCCCACCCACCAACCCCUCGCCUCCACCCCCGCCUCCGCCUCCUCCCCUCCCCUCCGCAAACUCUCGCCCCCG